AUGCUUUUUUCUUCUCCCUGCAUUUCAUAUCGAGUUCAUUCUUCGAAGUCAUUGGAAAUUUUAUCAGUUUCAUUUUCAAUUUCAGUCACAUUUACACAAGUUUCAACUCCUUUUUUGGUGUCGUGUACUUAUAUUAUACUCGAUAAGCUAAGGUGUUAUCAGUCUCCCCUCAGUUUGCAGUUCCAAUUUGGAACUUCCAAACCUGAAAUAUAAAUUUUCAAACCACUAUUUGUAGCUUAAAUUUAGCUAAUUAGUGUCGCAAUUUUAUUUAAAUUCAGCCAUGCGUAAUUACCCACAAUCUUUUUUGGCAACUCGUCGUCGCCGACAUGAAGGACGCUUGACAGGUCACCUUCGCCCACGACAAGUAUCUUUUCUCUUGUUGUUGGUCUUUUUCGCCGUUUCGAUCCUCACCUUCAUGGCAUAUCUCACCGCUAGGCACGUUUUCUCCUGGGACGCUCUUGUCGGCUACGUCAUGAUAAGCCCAGACUUUGUGGAUUAUGACCACGACUAUGUUCCCGGUGGCAAUUCGACAGAUUGACGACAAGGAUGCCAAAGUUCACAGAUUGACAAAGGGGGCAGCUAAAAUAAAACUCAAUUAUAAUUAAGAAACUCUUCAAUUUUGAAAAAAUUGAAUUUCAAAAAAUCAACAAAUUUCCAACCCCACCAAGAGAAUAGAGCCCACUUUACAAAAAUCUCCCAUUAUGAACGACACCUCCGGCUUAAAACGCACCGCUUCCACGACCAGUCGGAUCUCUCAAAAGUCCACCAAAGGCGUCGGCACCGAUGAUCUCGAUGACCCCGCCGGCGUUAUCACGGAUCAAUACGGGACACGAUUCCGUUUCAAGCGACGCUCCACGUACGAACCGCUUCUCACUUCGUCCGUUGAUACCGAUGGAGGAGGAGGAAGGAUCGAGCGUCGCAGGAGUUCAGCGAUGCAGCGCAGCGCCGGGGCAGGAAUCGCGGGACCGCUUAUCGUCGCGCAUCUCUUGUCGGAUGAGGAUGAAGUUAGCGAAGGAGAGGAAGAAGAAGGAUCGGUCAUGUCGAUGGGGUCGGAACACGGGGGUAAAAAGGGGGGAGCCCGACGUAGAAAGAAGAUUCGACUCUUGGGCUGUAUCGGGGUUACGAUUGGGUGCGUCUUGGGGUCAGGAAUAUUUGCUGCCCCACAAGUCAUAUUAGAUACUACAGAAAAUGCGGGGAUGACGCUCAUCGUGUGGUUCACGUAUGGAAUGAUUGCCCUCAUCGGAGCGUUGUGUUAUGUCGAGCUGGCCUGCACCAUUCCAGUGUCGGGGGGCGAUUAUGCCUAUCUAAACGAAUGUUUCGGACCUCUCGCCGGUUUUUUAUUUCAAUGGGCAGCAAAUUUCGUGAUAAUACCCACCGUCGUCGCAAUAAUGUCGAGCGUCGUAGCGAAAAAUUUAAUAAAUCCGUACGUCGACGAUCCAAAGUGUUUCACAGUCUUGUGGGCGACCCGAUGCAUUGCGAUUAUGCUCAUUUGUUUGGUCGUCUACGUCAACUACGCGAGUUCCGAGCUGGCCGAGAAAAUCCAAGGGUGGCUCAUGGUCAUUAACGUGGCAACAAUUACGCUGAUCGUUAUUUGUGGUAUUAUUCAUAUUGCAAAAUUCGGGAUUGAGAACAAGUCGAGUUUUAAGCUAGCCUGGCCACACCCGAGCCACAAGGAGAGCAAGGGGAACGAGGUCAAGUUCGCUGUGUUGCAGUUAGUGCGGGCCCUUUUUCAGGCUUCAUUCUCAUAUUUUGGCUACUCCUACGUCACUUAUAUCAUGGAGGAUGUCGAAAAUCCGCUCAAAACCGUGCCACUCUCCAUCUUCAUCUCUAUCCCGAUCGUCAUCGUGCUCAAUAUUUUCGUCAACUUUUGCUACCUCGCUUCCAUACCGUUGGAUAAAUUAAAGAAAACGCAAACCGUGGCGAGUGAGAUGGUCAAGUCGGUAUACAAGGACCCCGACACGUUUCCCCAUUACCUCCUCUGGAUUGGACCUACUCUUGUCGCCAUCGCCGUGUUGGGUGGUCUCCUCUCCAACGUGCUGACCUGCUCGAGGGUAUCCUUCAUCGGGGCGAGGAAUCGCCACUUUCCGGGAAUAUUUACCAUGACGCAUUACGAAAAGUUGACCCCGGUUGUGUCCCUCGUCUUUAUGGGGUUGAUCGGGUGCACUUAUUGCCUCCUAGAUAUCACCAUGCUCAUCGGAAUUCUCACCUAUAUCAUGUCAGCGAUUAAUUGCAUGGUCAUCUACGGCCUGAUUUAUCUCAGGAUUAAAAGGCCCGAACUGCCGAGACCUUUCAAGUUGCCCCUCUUCGUCCCGAUUUGUUACGCCUCGUUGGCGACAUUUCUCUUCUUCACGCCCAUCCUCCUCCUCGACGAGCACACAUACAAGGGAACACUUCCUUCCAUCGGUGGGGCCAUUUUCGUACUCGCUGCCGGCCUCCCCAUCUACGCCCUACUCGUCCGUCCUCAAGCCCCACCGUGGCCCACACUUCAAAAAAUCCACGGAUUUGUGAAACGCUUCUUUCAAAGGAUUUGGCUCGUUUUACCCGAAGAGGAAAUAAUCGCUGAUGAUGAACAAGAUAUCGUCGAAUUGGUGUCAAGAAAAUCUAGCUCCAUCCCCGAGUAAUGAUAGGAACGUAUCGCCCAUCAAAUAUAAUACUCUCUAAAUUACUAAAUCGUAAAUGAUAAGCAUGUCACAUACAUGAUAACCCUACAUAAAGUAUAACAUUUGCCAAAAUUCGUA